AAAGUCCCAGCUCCUAGUCAAGAUGCUCUCUGCUGUGAUCGUUGCCUCUGUCCUGCUCUUCUGCUCUGUAACCAGUCAGAAAUGCCCAACCAGCCACGGCAUUCGCAACAUUGGGUUCCUCAUCAAUGAAGCACAGGACAACUGCACCACACCAUGCUUCCAGGAGGGUCUGGCACAGAUGAUCAAUGCCACAGAGAAAACCAGCGUAUCAUCCUUACUGAUUUUAAAUAUGGUCAAAAAAACAGUAAUGAACUUAAAGUACAACAAGUGUCAAUUUUUUUCCUGUGACCAGCCAUGCAAACCAGCCACAUCAGGCAACACGCUGACUUUCCUGAAGAGUCUCUUGGAAAAUUUCCAGAAACAACAGAUGAGAGGCAAAAUAUGA